UGCUCCCCAUUAGAAUAACGAUUCAAGGAAGUAAGGAGAAAGUGAGGGUUGGGUGUGCUGGUGCUGGGCGAGAGGGUUUGGGCUAUCUCAGCAAUUGACUGCUAGUUCUGAGAGCAAAGGGAGAAGGUCCGGGAACUCCUAUGGGUGUGGAGGAAGGCUGGCGAUACAGGUUCUAGAUAGUGCAACAUACAGGGACAGGGUAUGCAGAAUGAGACUUCUUACGGUCCUUUCUCUCAUGAAGCAGUACAGCAAAAGAGACGUGGGGGUCUGCUGUCAGCUUGCUAACCUGCAGCUGAACAGCUGCUCUUGGCAGUUGAAGGAGCAUUUGGGGAGAGGGGCAGUUCUUUUGCCUUUCAUUUCCUCCCUCUGUUGCCGUGGUUGAAGCUGGAAACCAUGCUGCGAGGUUCAAGUUGUGGUUUUAGGCGAGGCGGCUGGCUGUGUGCAGCCUUCCCUGGUCCUGGCACGCAGGCACAGCAGGGGGACCUCAGACCAUCCAGAGACUGUGUUUCAUAAGUGUCGUUCAUUCCCCAACAGCCACUUUGCAUGAAGCUUCUCCCAUUCCCCUGGUGUUUCCUUCUUGCCAGAAAAAUUGCUUCUGCUUUCGCUUGUGUAAAGCUGAACCCAGAACAAUUAUAAGCUGAUCUACAGCAAUGCAAGUGCAUAAACCUGCCCCAUCACCUGGAUUUUCAAACACUAACGCACCAGAAAAUCAAGUCCCCUAUGGCUACCAACAGCAUGGACCUGGGAUUUACCAAGGUGCAGGGAGCUAUGGCUUCCAGGUACAGUCCAUGGGAGUCCCAGCUGUUCCACCCAUCCAGAACCAGCCCUGCAUGAAGGAGGGGACAAUCUGGAUGCCCAUCCCUCCUCCUCUUCCUAGAUGCCCUCCUGGACUGGAAUACCUUACACAGAUUGACCAGAUAUUAAUUCAUCAGCAAAUUGAACUUCUUGAGAUUUUGACUGGCUUUGAAACAAGCAACAGAUAUGAAAUCAAGAAUACGCUGGGGCAAAUAGUGUACUGUGCAGCAGAGGACACAGACUGCUGUACCAGGAAUUGCUGUGGGCCAUCACGACCCUUCACCCUCCGGAUUAUCGACAACUUGGGCCAUGAGGUGAUAACGCUGCAGAGACCCCUUCGGUGUUCUUCAUGCUGCUUUCCUUGCUGCUUGCAGGAGCUGGAGGUUCAGGCACCUCCAGGAACACCAGUUGGUUACGUUGUCCAGAACUGGCAUCCCUGUCUGCCAAAGUUUACCAUUCAAGAUGAGAAACGAAUGGAUGUAUUGAAAAUUAUUGGCCCAUGUGUUAUCUGCAGCUGUUGUGAGGACAUUAAUUUUGAGGUGAAGUCUGUGGAUGAGACUUGUGAUGUUGGGAGGAUCUCUAAGCAGUGGACUGGGUUUUUGAAAGAAGCCUUUACAGAUACAGAUAACUUUGGAAUUUCAUUCCCAAUGGACCUUGAUGUAAAAAUAAAAGCUGUCAUGAUUGGUGCUUGCUUCCUUAUCGACUUCAUGUUUUUUGAGCAUGCUGGUGAUAAGCAACAGCGAAUGGGAGUUUGGCAAUAGAAUCUACAACUUUUAUAUAGAAGGAAGAAGAACAUAAAUAUCCCAACUUUCCAGUGGAUUGCAGAGCUCCAGUAAGAAAGUGAGAAAUGUACAUCUUGUGCCUGUAGUUAUAUUUCUAUAAACUAAAAGCUUUAUGGUCGUUUUUUGUUUUGAUUUGGGUUUUUUAAUCUGAUUAAAAUAAUUUGUAGUAUUCAAAUAGGAACCCUUUAUCUGUACAUAUCAAUAUUGUGAUUUAUAGAAAUAUAUAGCAACCUUUUUUUCCAAGAAAUUUAGAAUUGUAAAAUAGCUACUUAUAGUUACUUUAAUACCUGAAAAGGGGGACUACUGCUAUACUGAAUAUUAAUAUAAGCUGUGAGCCUAGAAAAGAGAUACUGAUCUCUUCCUGUGUAUCCUUCCUUCUUUGGUAGUUUUGCCUUGGUGUUCACAUUCUGUUGUUUCCAACUUCUUAUCAAACAUAUAUGUUCGAAUUUAAGUAAUCUGAGUGAACAGAACUAUAAGAAAUCAUUGUAAAAUUAUAUUAAUCCAGUAAUAAAUUUACUGUCAAAUAUGACUCCUUUCGUGUAACUUAGUUUCAUAAUUCAGGUUGGUUUAAAAUUUAAGGCUUUGAUUUUCACCAACAGAAGUUUAGAGGAGACAGGAAAUAUAAAUGCCUGUGGUUGCUUCUUUUUAAUAAUCCCUUAGUAAUUGCUUUGUGCAUGAGUGUAUUUCCUGAGGCAAGGAAAAACUAGUUGGUUACUUUUCAGUUUCUCCAGUUCUCUUUCCUCUUCAUUUAGUCCAUGAUUUUCACAGAUUGUACGUCUGUCUGUUGGUGUGAGGGCACAGGAAUAAU